UAUUUAAAUUUUCAGAUCAAAAUGAAAUUCCUCUUACUAGCUGCUGCUUGCCUCGCCGUGGCCGUUGCUGGCCCCACUCGUGGUAUUUUAAUACCCGACAGCGCUGGUCCCAUCGUUAUCCCAGAAGAAGACAUCUCAACUGGUCCAGCUCUGAUCCCCGAAAACAUCUCUACUGAUCCAGCUCUGAUCCCCGAAAACAUCGCUACUGAUCCAGCUCUGAUCCCCGAAAACAUCUCCGUUGGACCUGCCUUAGUCGACGACGCACAAAAGCAGUCCAGCAUUGUUCAAGUUAUCAUCAACAUCAACUCUAAGAGCCACGUUAUCGAGUUACCCGUGGAAGAUGCCAGCAUCCCCGAAGUCGAAGACAUCAACGUUGGACCCGCUAUUAUUGAAGAAAUCAAGCCUGACCCCGUUGACAUUGUUGAGGACAACAUCAGUGUUGGAGUACCUGACCUCCCCCUCUCCCCAUCCCCCGCUGAUAUUGGCAGCCCCCAGCUCCCAGGACUUGAUGCUGACAACGCACAAAACAUCCCCGAGGAACUCAAGUAAACAAUCACUUGUACGACUAAAUUAGCCAUGUAAUUUAUAAUUCAGUACUUUUCUUACGCAUCGAAGGUGUUAAUAGAUAAGUGCCUGCUAUAUUUACAUUAUUAAUUAUCAAAUAAAUUACCUAUAUGUAUA